UAAUCGGUUACUGCACUAUUUGUGAUGCGGGUUUAUUUAAUUGUUUGCUUAAAUACAUAACUACGAAAUUUCAAUAAAAAAAAGUUAUGAAACAUGGACGAAUCUCUAGUAAUAACUGUAAAGAAUAUUUGUUGUACUUGUUUAAGUAUAGACAGAAAGUUAACACGACUUUGCGGCAUUGAUGAUGGUAUAAAUAAUUUGUUUUUUCUACUUUCCUGCGAUUCGGAAGCUUAUGAGUUAUUAUGCUACAAGGAAACAGCAGAUCUCCAAAUUUGUUGGGAAUGUAAAGCGUUGUUGAACCGUCUGUGUAACUUUAGAGACCAGGCUUGCAUUUCUCAGAAACAUCUAGAUAACGUCAUUAAUGGUACUAACAAGAACCAGCACUAUUGCCUAUCUAAUUUGUCUAACAGCCAUCAAAAUUCAUAUGACUAUGAAUAUAUUACAGCUGACGUUAACGACAUCAAAGAUGAAGACUGCGACUCGAUUAAAAGUGAGAGUGAUGCAGAGUUCCUGGUCUUUCCAGACUUGAUUAACGAUUCAGAUGAAGGAACAGAUGAUGAUAGGGAUUUAUUAGUUGAAUGCGAUAAAAGUUCAGUACUAACAACUAGAGGAGACGUUGAGAAUGUCUUAGAUGUAGACAGAGAUAAGGAUCCAAUCAGAAAGAUUAUAGUGGAAGAAAAUAUUAAUUAUACAACAAUUAAAAUGAAUGAACGGGAACUGAAAAAGAGUUUUCAAGAUAGGAAGUCGGUGCAGAGUUUUGUUGAAGCUUUGUUCAAGUGUGAUACGUGCGUAGAAGUGUUUAGAGAUGAAACGGAAUAUCAGGCGCAUAUGAACGAGGCGCAUAGGAAGCUCCCGAAACACAAGAAGUGUGACAUUUGCCAAGUGUACGUGAAACGGAGAUGGUACGACGAACACAGGAGCGAUCACUAUCUGAAGUACCAGUGCCAUUUCUGCGACCAUAUGUCGUAUAACGUCAUCGUUAUAUUGAAACAUUUGAAGAUCGGUCACGCUGUUAAGAACAUACCGAAGGAAAUUCGGAAGUUACGAAAGAGAUCAUAUUUAAAGAAUCCAGGCCUGAAGCCUUGGUUGGCGGACGUGUCGCCGGACAAACACACGUCGGUCGGCUACGUGUGUUCGAAGUGCAAUGAAUUAUUCGACACCAAGAAACAGAGAACGCUCCACAUACAGAAAGUUCACAAACAGCCCGACUUUAAGUGCUCCACGUGCGGGAAAACAUUCACUGGCUCGUACAACUUAAGGAAUCAUGAACGCCUGCACACGGGCACUCUGCCCCGACAGCCGUGCCCGAUAUGCGGGAAGUUGAUCCGGUACGACACAAUGAAGGCGCACCUGAAAGUUCACGGCGAAAGGCAGAGUGUGAAAUGUUUCGAAUGUAACAAAUCAUUCGUUUCGCAUUCGUCGUAUGUUCAUCACCUAAAGUUCACGAAGACGCACGCCGGAAACGACGCGUUUAGAAUCCGAUGUCCGAUUUGCAAGAGAGGUUUCCGUACGAAGGCCGAUCGACAGGAUCACAUCAACUACCGUCACAUGGGGCGGAGCAACCACAAAUGUCCGGUUUGUGAUAAGAUUAUGUCAUCGGGCAGGUUGCUUACCCGUCACUUAAAGUACACGCACUACGGCGAAAAGAAGGAGACGGUGCGGAAAAUAUACUUAUGUCAAACUUGUGGGAAAGUUUGCCGGGAUACGACAGCGUUAAGAGAACACGAAUUCAUACAUACAGGAGACAAGCCGCUGACGUGCGACCUCUGCGGUAAACGCUACCGGAGGAGCGGUGCGCUUUGCACACACAAGAGACUCGCCCACAGAGUCAUAUCGAAGAGAUUACUACUGAAGCACACGGAAACACACGUCGAGGAUAUUGAGGAGUAAUUCAGUUAUAUCCAAUUUCGACUGCAAGUCAAAGUUGUAUUCCCUGACUUUUGCAAUUCAAGGGACUGGAAAAAGAGGUUUUACUCGGUGGUAGGGCUUUGCGCAAGCCCGUCUGGGUAGGUACCACCCACUCAUCAGAUAUUCUAUCGCCAAACAGUAGUACUCAGUAUGCUUGUGUUCCGGUUUGAAGGGUGUGUAAGCAGUGACUACAGUCACAAGGGACAAAACAUCUUUGUUCCCAAGGUCGGUGGCGCGUUGGUGAUGUAAGCAAUGGUUAAUAUUACUUACAACCGUAAGUAAAACCGUCCUCUCCGGGAGCUUUCUUGGGCCUUAUAGUUUAGCACUAAACCAAUCACCUAAGUGGUGACCACCAUACACUUUGGCACUGUAAGCAGUAGUAAUCGUCUCUUACGCCAAUGUGCACCAACCUUGGAAACUAUGAUGUAAUCCUUUGACCAUGAAGUCCCAUUGGCUCAUUCACCUUCAUCCAUAAAAGCUGAAGACUAAACAAAAUAAGUGAUGAGUAUGUGGUACCUACUCAGACGGGCUUGCACAGCACUGCCAUCAAUUUCAAUACCUAAAACAGAGAUCAGAGGGUCAGAGACCCGAUCUGGCAAUUAAUCGCUUUAGUCACAUGGUCAAUUCUUGGUGAUAGUCCGGAGUUAGGUAGUUGUCCUGCCUGCACUCAUUGCGUUUCCU